GUUCUGCUUGACGCGCGUAAGAGCUGUUUUUGUUUCGUGUUACCACGCAGUCGGAUGAAACGUGUUCACAAGUACUACACGAGGCGCAACCACCACCAUUGUCCAUUGUCUCCGACCGUUCUGACUCCUGCUGUACAUUUUCCCUUCUCGUUGCUCGUGUUAUUCCUUCCUUCUGCCCUGAGCCUUCAGACACUGACUACACUGUCCAGUGCGCUGGUUCCCGCUGCUGUUUAUGGCCAGCUCCUCUGCCAGAUCUGCCUACGCCUCCGCUAGACACCCCGACGUGCGCUCGGAUAACUUGGAGCCCUCGGAACCCCAGCUAGAUACAGAAUGGAUUGAGGAACUGCGGAUGCGGAUCAAGGAGGCUAAGGCGAGCAUGGUUGCAGAAGCCGAGAGGACACUGCAGGAUAGGCGAAUGGAAGGCUCGGAGGAUGAGGUGGCUUGGAACCGGCUCGCCGAAGAGCAUGAGCGUUCGCUGAAGAAUAUUGAGGAGCUUAUGCUUGCGCAAUAUCAUGAAGAAAUCAACCGGGAAAGACAAGAACGCCGAUGGGCUGCUGGCAUUCAGGUCGAUUCGGAAUGGUCCGAAGCAUUAAUCAAGGAGCAGCAAGCAAUCUUGAACACUAUCCGGAAGAGCAAGGAAGGCGAACAGGAGGAAACGAGCAGCGAGAAUGUAGCAGGUCUCUCCAAAUCCUUUGCUUCGACUCGCAUCAGCGGGACGUGGAGAGCUCCUAAUGUUGAAUCUGGACAACACUCAGCAAGACCUUCGUCCCCGUUACACUAUCGCGUGAGGAACGUCGUAGGUGAAUACCCUUCCCCGUCAAUCUCCACGCCUGCCGCACUUCCGGGCCCAUCAAGCCUCCCAAACGCAAACACAACUGGUCGCGUUGUGCCUCUAGGAAGCUCCCGAAGCG